UGUUUAGAUACUGCUCGUUCAUCAUGCAUGACGUAUGACUAUUCUCACCACCCUUCCCCCACUGAAAGGGAGUGGGGACUGGGGAGAAAUAGUGGUUUCUCUCACACACACACAUCCCACACAUAGACACACUUGCUAUAUGUCUGUCUCUCUUUAAUACGUGGGUGUUAGAUUUAAGUGACAAAAUGUACGUAGUGCUUGUUUAAGCUCAUUUCUACAGCACUUCAUUGGAAUUCACCACUGACAGCAGCAAAUAAAUGGUGAACUGCGUGUCUCGUGACAAUGCCUGCAAUUUGUCCACAACAAACACAUAAACAACACAUUGUUGGGUGGGAACAAUCAGCCAUUUUGUCUUGCCGUUUCAGCGCUUUGAAAAAUGUGAUGGCUUCUGGCUCAGACAUCCCUGUUAUGAUUUCAUGAAAUAAUGCGACGUAGCUCCUCCUCAGUGCCUGGCCAUUUUUGAGCUCACACCCCUCCCUUUUCUCCUCUCCUGUCUUCUCCUCGCUCUUCUCCACUCCCCCUCUUUUUCCAUCACCCCUCUCACACCACUCAGCCUGCAGGAGCUGCAGCAGCACAAGUCUUCUCAGCACAAGGGAGGGGAAUAAUGCACAGAAUUAAGACUCCCUCACUGCCUCAGGGAGCUGAGAAAUGCAAGACAAUGUGUGACGGCUAAUAAAGAAUACAAAGAGGGGCAAGAAAGACCAAACAGUGAAGGGAUAGCCUUAGGAAGCCCAGAGCACACCACAGGGGACGUUACGAAGGAAGGCGGGAGAAGAUGGAUGGAAUAUUUUUAAUGGUGGAUCAGAACCCUGUUUUCUCUGUGUUGUUGUUCUCACUCGUGUUCAGGGUGGUCCAUCACCUCCUGAGGAAGCUGCCCCUGCCUAAAGUAGUAGAGCAUGAUGAGCUUCGCUCCUGGAAGUGGAGAAACCUCAGUGUGUCUCUGGUCCAUUCACUGCUCACCGGCCCAUGGGCCAUCACCUGUGUGAGCCUAUGGCCAGAGACGCUGAGGAACAUGCACUCUUUCUCCACACCAGUCUGCUACCUGCUUGUGAGUGUUUCAGCAGGUUACUUUGUGCAAGAUGCCGGUGACAUCAUAUUUUCAGGCCAUGCCCUAGGAUCAUGGGAGUUCCUGCUCCAUCACUUCUUGGUGUUGUGGUGCUUCCUGUACAAUCUGUACACCCAGCGCUAUGUGGCUGGAGCAGUGGUUGCCCUCCUGGUGGAGGUCAACAGCAUGACCCUGCAUGCACGGCUGCUGCUGAAACUGGCAGGAGCCCAGGGGUCACGGCUCUACCAUGCCAACAAGUUCCUCAACCUUUUCACGUAUGUCACCUUCCGUCUAGGUGCCCAGUUUUACAUAACCUAUUAUAUCAUCAUCAACUUCUCCUUGCUGCAACAUGGCAGCUACUUCCUGCUCACCGUGCUCCUCAUGGAUACCAUGAUCCUCAUCUACUUCUACCGAUUGCUCAGGGCUGACUUUUGCCCCAGAGGGAAGGGCCACGUCAUACAGAAUGGCGCUCACCGCAGCAGCUCCUCUCAGCUCUUUGAUGACUGAUCAGACCUUGGAGGAUGAACAAAAAUCCGACUGUCUACUUCAUUACCCUCAGUUUAAGACUGUGUUUUCACCUGGUCAUUUCAGUGUCUUGUAUCUGGGCCGUAUCCUGAUAAGAAUCGUAUGAAUUUAUACCUGUAGUAAAGGCGUCUUGACAUGCAUUAGCCAGGCUGAAAUCUGAUUUCAGUAUUACACAUACUAUGAAUUAAUCAGCUCAUUACAUUCUACUUCCUGUAGUAUUCCUUGUUUUUAGUUCUUUUAUGCAAAAGAGGGUUACUGCAUCAAAAAUCAAGAUGUGUGCAUUCAAACAUUUGGCUUGGGGAGAUGAAUACAUUUACACUUAUAUAACAGGUAGCUAAAACAUGUUUCAUACAUCCUUUUGAUGUGGUUUGAGUAAUUAGAUAUAAAUCAAUUUUAAAAGUGUCCUGAGUGCAAUUACACAUGCAUUUUUUUGUGGAUAAUCUCCAUCCAGAUAUAAUCCUCAUAUUCAAGACGCAUGAAACAACCAAGUGUAAUAAAAGUCUUAAUUUAAUGGUUUUGUGUAGCCCAGUUCACUGGGACAUGUGUUUACCCUGAAAAUCUAUGACUGCCUCUCUCUGCCUUCUCUCAAGAGCUCCUCAAGAAUCUCACUGCCUCCUGUGUUUGUGCAAUUGUGAUUAAUGUCUAAUGGGGUGUGGGUAAGCUAUAUGGCCUUCACUGUCAGGCCUUGUGGACCAACUUCAUGGUUGUAAACAAAACAAGCAAUAAUGUAGCAUUGAAUGGCAGACACUUUUAAAGAAUCUUGUUAUACCGUAGAUAAUGUUCACCUUUUUGAGAUGGAAGUUUGUAAUUCAUAUUUACAGUCAUAAUAGACAUAACAGUACAUGUCUGCUAAUCUCCAGGCUGGAAAUCUAAACUGUCUAUGUGUCAUUUGAUUACUUUGGCUGUGCUUUAAAAAUACACUUCACAUAGAAAAAGUGACAUUUUUAUAUGAAGCAGCCCCCAUGUCCUAGCUUUUUGACAACUGAUUGAUUAAACUCCUCAAACACAAUCAAAUAACAAAGCGAAUUAAUUCAAACUGGUAAAUAGUGGUGAAUGAAAAUUUCUUUUAUGAGAGAAGCUGUGGCUUUGUUGAUAUAAUUGAAGAGCUAGAUACAGUUAGACAGCUAAUAGCUAGACUGGACAACUAAAGUAGCUAGAUAUCCAUGGGCCAUUUGUGAGUGCUACCAUUUUAAAUAACACGCUGACGGUCCUCAAACAACAAAGCCUGUCCAAACAAUGUUUUCUUAUAUUCAAGUAUUAAAAGCACAUAGGCUGUGUAGUCAGUAGAGCUGCAAAGUAUUACAAACUGAAGGAAUGAUGCAGUGGUGUGCUGUGUUGCAGUGUUCUGGUUUUUUUGCAUGUACAAAAGCACAAAAAGAUGAUUUUGAAAGAUUACCAUGUACAUAUACCUUACUCAUUCCUUACCUUAUUUAUUGCAGCUUGUGGAAGUAUUUCUUCCAGGCUAUGGGGGUCUGUGAAUUCAUUAAGUCACCAUUUGAAGAUCUGCACUGAGAAGUUAUUCUUUUUUUUUCUUCUUUACUGCAGAUCGGAACUGUGACUUAAACAUAAAGGGUUAGAGUCAAAUGAGCCUUAUGAUGAGUGAAGACUUUGAACAGGCCUUUAGACUUCAGAGUGUGAACCUGACAUUAUUUAUUGUGUUUGCAUAAAAUUAUUGUGAAUAAACUUGUGCUCAAAUAA